AUGCCGAAAAGGGAGCGAUCCGCGGCGCAGGCACGCGCUGAGGCCGUGUAUAGACGCGCCAAUCCGGAUGAUAGGGGCGAUCGGGGCCGUGACCGCAGGGCCGAGAAGGUCGAGUACAGACGCAGACUCAAGAACGCGAGAGCGGAGGCCGCCGCCCUCGCGGUGCCUGACGCUGCUCCUGCCGUCCCGAUUCCGUCUACCGUCCCGAUUCCGUCUACCGUCCCUCGGCCACGGGCCCUCGGCCAGCACGGCAGGGGCCACCUGCUCGUCGCGAGGCAGCCGAGCUUGGCACUUCCGCCGCCCCUCGCCGCUCUUCCACCUACAAUUGCUCCUCGCCUCGUCGCUCCGAUCCCGCCUUUGGCGCCGACCGCGAGCCGGUACGGCGGCCUCGCCCUGCGCGACAUCGCCUUUGGCAGCAGCCAGGGUCGCCUCGGCAAGGGCGGCCAAGGCACCGUUAGGCUUGGCCGCCACUACGGUGGUCGUCUCGCGGUGAAGCAGCCGCUGCGCGCGAGCAGCGCCUUCGCCUCCGAGUGUCAGAUCGCGGCAGCACUACACCAUGAGAACAUCAUCUAUGGACUCUGGGAGAUUUGUUGA